CUCGUUCACAACAUAGAAGAAGAAGAAGACGUAGAUAAUUAUUUACUGUUUACCUUUCUGUUCAGUCACUGGACGUUGCACUUCUCUUCUGAUAUCGACUGGGUUCGUCUGUUGAAAAGCGGCACACAUACAGACGGUCACGCAAAUAGAAGAAAGGUGAGAGAGAGAGAAAAAAAACAUCCUGGAAUCAGUAAUUGCUGUUUAAGAUAUGGCAGGAGGAAGGCGUAAUGCAUCCCGUGCUCCACCCCCAAAGCCUGUAGCACUUGUGGAUCAUGAGUUGAAAAGGCUAGGUCAUAGUGCUGAUGAUGGUCCACCACUUAUGUCCAUUACACCACCAAAACACAUGACCAUUCCAGACAUUCCACGAAUCUCUGAGUUGGGCUUUGAAGUUUGCAUGCUGGUUUUUAGCCUAAUGUCUCUCGCACUACAAUAUUUAAACAUAUACCGAACUGUGUUUUGGCUUCCACACUCUCACACCAAGUAUGCCAUGAACUUAUACCUCAUCGAUAGAAGUGUUGUAUGGUUUAUUGUGGUCACUUUAUCCCGACGGGUAUGUUGGAGCAUCCUAAAGUUAGCUAUCAUGCGUUGUUUUCACCAAUCAUUGUGGAAGUCAGCUUUGUCUAUUGCUCGAGUGGUAUUUGUGUGUGUUAUUGCUGCGCUCUUGGGCUUCUGCCUUUACACAAUCAGUGAUGCUCUUACAUACAUAAAGAUUCUGGCUUUGGGAUAUCCGUUUGUGUUUUACAUCUUUAUAUUUGAUAUGGAAAUCACAUCUUUCUUAGAAGUCAUUCCUGUACCAGCCAAUUAUAAGGAAGAGGGAACAAAGAACAGACAAGCUGUUGUGAGACUUAUUCAGCAUUCGUGCUUGAGUAGUGCUGAUGCUGUACGAGGGGAAGUAGAAUUUCUGACUAAUGACUGUAACCGGCGUAUGGCACAAGUCAUGUACCAGACAAUUGUCAUUGUCUAUUAUACAACGCUAAUUCCAUGUUUCUUUGUUCCGUCCUCGUUAUAUUAUGAUGUAUCGUGGGUUACUCUUCACACCUUAUUUGUUGCUACUACCUGCUUUAUGUGGCAUCUCCUUUACUGCUAUCCUGCAAGAUAUUGUGAUGUCCUCCAUCGAUCUUCCAUGCAUUUAGGUGGCUGGGCAAGAGUUGAGGGACGGUCAGCUCAUGCUCCUUACAACCCUUGGUCUAAUUCAGUACUUUGGCCCCAGGGUGCAUUAGUUAAACACAACAGAGAAUUAUAUAGAGCAGAAGGUGCAACUAAUGCAGCUGAACCUGGAAAUACUACUCACGCAAGGCUAUAUGCUAUAUUUUAUGAUCCCUCCAGACCAGUGCUGGUUCUAGUUUGGAUAUGUGUUUGCUGUGUCUUGCUGCAUUUGGUAUUAUUAGCAUCUUUGCAUCAGUGGCAUCAGCUUUUAGCAACAGCCUUGGUGUUAACUGUGUCAUAUGCUGCAUUAUAUCAUCUUUUAAGGGAUUAUUUAGUUCUUAGAAAAGUUUAUCAACAGGAACAGCAAUUACAGGAACGAAUAGUAAACUGAAUAAAAUAUAUUUUUUAUCAAAUUCAUCAUGAGUUAUUUUCUCUGGGUUAUUCCAAUGAUGUAAAUUAUACAGCAAAGUCUCCAAAGAAAUUUCGUCAACAUUACAGUUAAGAAAAUAUCCUGGUUAGGUAAGUGGCGUGAUCAAGUACCGGUAAUGUAUCUCAUUUGCCUGUCAUUGUGUUUGAGUUUAACAAGGAUGUAUUUUAAUCUUGGUUUUAUCAGUUUCCUAGGAAAUAAUGAGUAGUAUUAUGUAAAUAUGUACAGAAUAGAAAUCCUUUAUCUUGUGUAUUCUGGUAUCACAUGAUUUUUUUUUUUUUUUUUUUUUUUUAUCUUUCAUUCAUGAUAGUGGCAAUGAAUAGAGGCAGUCCCCGGUUAUUGGGGGUUCCAUUCCAACAGCUUGAUUCAAUUUUUGGGGCUUAUCGGUGCCAAUAACCUAUUAAUGGCGCCUCCGUUAGGUACGUAUCUGUGCCAAUAGUCUGUUAUCUGCACCAGUAACUGGAAAUCUGUGCAUUUUGUUGCUGAAAAUAGCUGAUUUUUGGCGCUAGACAAGCCCCAUAAAACUGGAUCGUCGAUAACUGGCGACUGCCUUUACUUCUUUUUAUAUAAUGAAAUUACCGAGCAAUGACACAGCUAUUAGUUUCAAACUAUUGCAGUAGCUGAAAUUCAAAAUUCACACUAGCUCUUUCAUUGUUUUAGUGUAGAUGACUAGUCCCACCCACUAACAGGAAUACUGGGAACGAUUUAGCAGACAACCUCAUUCUGUUUAUGCCAAUGAAAACACUGGAUCUUUGCAGUAGCUUUUUUCAAUAUUAACUGGUUUUUGAUGGUGUGUUAUUGCAGAUUUUGAGUAGCCUUCAAGCUUAUGGCUUUCAGGAUCAGUAUUUUAUUGUUUUGUCAUAAUGAUCUGAUUCAAGUAUAUCGUUUUUACCACAGGUGAAUUUGCAAUCAUUUAUUCAACACUCCUUUACAGUGUAGCAUAAUAAACAUAAACUUGUGUUCGUUAUCGAACUGAUAUUUUCUGUAAGGAUAAUGUUUGAUAGGAAUUAACAUGUUUGUAUGGGGUACUCUGUAUAUCCCAAAAUAAAUAUUUUUUUAAGAAUUAAUUAAAGAUUUUAUCACACUUUCCUUUGCAGAAAACUGAUAAGUGUAAGGGCAGAAUGUAGUGAGGAGAGAAUGGUGCUUUGUUUUUGGUUACAAUGGGGUUUUGCGGAUGAUUUGGCAGCAAAAAUCAGCUCCAAGUGCCCAGUAGCACUCGCCUUCUUUCCAAGCUCUUGGCUUUUGAGCUUCUGGCUCACCAGUCACCAUCUAUCAAUCUGGCGCCAGUUCUCCCCGCAUCCAGUUUUCUCCCCCUGCUACUAGCCCUCAUAAUUUUUAUCAACUUGCUCCCAUGCCUCCGUGCCUGGCUCCUUCGCUUCCUUCCCCUGCCUUUGUCAGUCUUGUGUCAGGGUUUACAGAAAUUAAUGUCAGUCUUGUGUCAGGGUUAACAGAAAUUAAUGUCAGUCUUGUGUCAGGGUUAACAGAAAUUAAUGUCAGUCUUGUGUCAGGGUUAACAGAAAUUAAUGUCAGUCUUGUGUCAGGGUUAACAGAAAUUAACCUUUUAAUAGUGAGAUGUUAUGCAGUGGAGGUGACUGCUCAUCUUGCCGACACUCCUAGACAAGGGUCUUUGUCAGGCUCCCCCUAAACCUGGGAGAAGGCAGACUGAAAGUCCAAGGGAGGGUAGUGGGGUUUGUCCACAGGUAGUUGCCCCCCUCAGUUAAGCCUGUUGUUGGUCCCAGGUCUCGAUGAACAGCUAUCAGAAAGGCGUUCAUUUGAAUGUACUUUCCAUUGCAGGCUAGAGGAGCUGAGGGAGUUAUUUUAGUGCUUCUCGGCCCUAAAGAGGCUCAAUUCAGCUGCUAAAGUGUCUGAGCACCAGUAGUGUGGACUGGAAGCACUGAUGGUAAUUUUUUCUUGUGAUUCUCAGCAGCUGAAAAGGCUAGUUUCAGCUGCAGUAGUGUCCGAGUGUCCGUGUCUGAGCUUCCAGUGUCUGAGCGUCGUCAGUAUAGCCACACAGUCGUAACCAGCUGACAUUUUCUCUCAACUCUCAGAAUAAUUUGGCCUUUCUGUCUGCAAGAGAAUCAAGCUUCAAGAUGGUCCACUAAUUUCCACCCUCUUUUCUUAUUCGGAACGUUAGUGGAUGAGUCGACUGGGGACUCUGUCGUCCACUGAGAUGUUAUUCAAGUUUGACAGAUGCAUAAGUAGGUUUUGCAUUUUUCCUUUAGUUUUCAUCCAGUUCUGAGGUUUACAAUGUAAAUAGUAAGCAUCAGAACUUUAUAUUUAUAUUUCAUGGCCGCUGAAGAUACAUGCACAUGGGUCUGGCCAUUCUCCAUUCUGUCAUGCAGUAAGGAGGCUAGCCUUAUCUCACAAACUAACUGCAGUUUUACUGUGAUUCCAUCAAUCUGGCCUUGGUCAGUCUUCCUUGGAAUGACAAAAUCUCUCGUGAGCGCGCUUUUGUUGAAAGACCUUACUUGGGCUCCAGUUAAUAAACAUAAGCACCAUGAUCCCUCUAGGACCAGCACUUCAUGUUGGUACCUGUUCUCAAAUGGCUGGAAUCAAAUUCCGAGCUCCUGGCGUCAUCUUCCUGGUGGUGAUUCCUGAACUCCUGACUUCUGUCUUCUCUUCCCGAAUGGCUUGCACUAUCUAGCCAGUGCUAGGCUCCCGCUCACGGACUAUUAUUUCUGUUCAGAGUAUUGUGUCUGCAGGAAAAUUUGUCACACCUCUUUUUUUUUUGGACAGGUCUCUGUUAUCCCAUGACCAAGCUUUUGUGUGUCUUAUGGAUUUUUCAAGCUUUAUAAACAUGCCAGAUAUUAGUUCCUCCAUGUACAGUUUCGCAAAUGUCCUUGGUCUGUACUAGGUGUCAUCGAGUCCACGCAACUGUUAUCAAGUCCAAUAAGAAGUCAUUCCUGCACAGAUGUCCUAGUGUCUAUACGACUGUCAUGGAUCAGCAGAGUCUGCUACUAGUCCACUCAGUUGCUCACAAGUCUGUAUGAUGGUAUACAAGUUCACUGUUGCUUGUGAGCCCACAGAAUCAUCAGAGAGUCUGCAUGGCCCACAGCUCCCUUCUCUCUUUGAUUAAAAUGAAGUUCAAGAUGGAGACAAACCAGAUAGUCUACUAGUCCUCUCUCUUACAUUUGUCUUCUUUUCCUGGCCGUGAACAUCAGUUUUUACCUGGAUGUGUCCACGUAUCCCAGGACGACUAAUAUUUGUGUCCCUUUGAAAGGAAAAGCUCGAAGGUUUUGAACACAAGACCAGAUGGGACAGGGAAUCACAGCCAGACACCAUCGUUUUUUUUCCUUUAGUCCCGGAUUUUUGUCGGACCUGCAGCAGUGGCUGUCUCAACUUAGACUUUUGGAAGGGGUGUCCCUUCUUCCUCUGAGAUUGGACUUAGUGUUCUGCUCAGCACCUUUUUCCAAGGUGAGGAGUCCUCUUUGAGAACCAGGAAGUUUCAGGAACCAUGUCCACAGAAGAACAGAGCCUGCACAACUUUGUCAGAGAGCUGAAAGCAGUUCGUUUAAGGCUUCAGUGCUUCGUGACCUUUUUUUCUACUCCUAGAGUGUAGUAAUUUAUUUAGGCAAAACCACAGUCCUAAUCUUAUUACAUUAGUAGGGAGACACUCUCUCUCAUAUUUUGUCCACCAAACAGCAGGAGAGCUUUUACUGUGGGCAGUCAAUCAAGUUUUCUAGUCACUCAAUUUUUUCAGUCUAACUAAAGUUUUGGUGUGGUGGGGUUACAAGCUAAAAACAAAAAACCCAAAACACAAACACAUGUACUCACCUCAGACUCAAGGUGAGGAGCUGUGCCGCUGUCAGCUGGAUAUAUAGCUAGGCUAGGCUAGCCUAACCAUCAUAACAACACACAAACAACCGAACAAGGACAACCACCACACAACAAUUCAAUAACCAUACAACAAAAGACCACUGCACAAAUAAUCACUAUCGAUACCAAAAAAACAAUAAUCCUACAAGUCAACACACUGCCUACAACAUCAAGAAACCACAAUAACAACUCAUCUACAACCCAACAGAACUCACAAGCACACCAAACUCAACAACACAGGCACAACAACCUUCAACCAUACAAUACCAACAACAGUUCAAACAACAGCUUCAAAAACCACAAAAUAACUGACCAUCAAUAAUACUGCUACCACAGACUCUGACUCAACAACACGGCUCUGCUCCCAGACGCUCACUUCCCCCGAUGCUUGUAACCGACGCUUGCCUCAGAUAUACACGGCGAUCGCCAUAACAGACACGCUUAUGACCGCCAUCAAACAACUCUCAUUCAUUCCUUCGCCAAUCUCUCUCUCUCUCUCUCUCUCUCUCUCUCUCUCUCUCUCUCUCUCUCUCUCUCUCUCUCUCUCUCUCACGCAACCCUCGGAGACGUCAAAUUUUAACUACUAUCAUUACUCCUCCAUUUUACCUCCCCCAGUACAUUUAACGUUCCCCCAGACUCAACAUCCACACUAAAUCACCUUUUGCAACACCCAAGGAUGCUCAGAUGCAGGCCCCCUGGAGCUUGUUUGAGGACCCUUAUACAUUCUUUCAGUUACAUCGCCAUUCACUUCUUCCAAAGCACUUUCAUUCAAAUUCCCAUUAUCUCUUGUCCCAACAUCUCCCCUAUUUCUGCUACCAAACCACUCAGUUCAUUCAUAUUUCUGUCAAACUCUUGCAAAGACUUAUCCAUCCUAUCAACUACCUCCUUACUACACAGUUUCCUUCCCACUGAGGUCUCACUUAUCCCUGUUAACUCAAACCCACAUACACUAUAAUUAUCAUUCAUUCCCUCAAAGUCAUCUGUACCACACGCUUUAUCAACCAUUUGCACCCCGACACUAGCACCCUUAUCAUGCCACUUACGCUUCCUCCUUCCAUUCCCUUUCUUCACACUCUUCCGCCUCCUCCCAUACUCAACCAACACCAACUCCGCUCUCCCAGACCCAUUUGCUCACUGAUGCUCGGCUCACACUUAUUCACCCUCAACCACUCACUCAUCACAUUCUCCCGAACAUACUGUCGCAUACUAGAGGACCCACCCAACUGAAUCCCCUUAACACCUAGUUUCCCAAAUUCCCUGCUUGACUCAUCCUCUUUUGCCUACACACACUCGCUACAUGACCUUCCAUUCCACAUUCAACACAUUUUGCAUGCUGUUCUUUACACAUCCUAGAAUAAUGCCUGUUCUUCCCACAAUUACUGCAAAUCACAUUCACACAGGUACCCUGACAUCCACUCCCUAUGUGCCCUACUUGUCCACACCUGUAACACUUAAUAUCCCUAUCUUUCUUACACUUGCUCACUAAAUGCCCCAUUUGCCCACACCCGAAGCAUGCUCCUAACGCCCACCGACAUUUAUUCAUUCUUGUGUUCUGGCUUUCCACAUCUGUAACACUGCUGCUCUCAUUCAGGACUAACUGAUCCUACUCUUCCAAUGCCUGGACUCCGAUCUCUCUUAGGUUUUACUACACUUAUGUUACUCUCACACUCUAUCAACCACUUGCUCUGCCAUUCACCUCGGCCCUUCUAGAAC